GUGUAGUGCGUUGAUUUCAUACCAAAGUCAUACUUAACAUUCCACUUAUACUGUCAAACCUCUGACAAAUAUUACGGAAAACAACAAGGCGCCAAAUUGUAACAAAGUUACUAAAAAGCGCACCUGGUCUCACUGGGAAGAAUAGGGAGACUGCCAGAAUUUAAAAAAGAGUUCCCAGCUGGAUCCAACACUUCCAGCCUUGAGGAUUCCAGCAGUUAUAUCAAGUGGUCCAAGGAGACACCGACACGAUUUGGAGGAAUAACUUCGGACUGGCUUGGAGCUCUGCAUCCUGAAGAUUUCCCACUGAUCCUUUGAUCUUGGGGCUCAGGGUUGGGCCCAGGGGGAGCCGCCACCAUUGCGUCCAACGAGUGGAGUGCCAACGGUAGCCCAGAAGAUGGGCUAGACGGGGAAAAUGAGGACAAGACCAUGGACGGAGAUGCAGAGGGCGUUUGGAGCCCAGAUAUUGAGCAGAGUUUUCAGGAGGCCCUCGCCAUCUACCCUCCCUGUGGCAGAAGGAAAAUUAUCCUGUCAGAUGAGGGAAAAAUGUAUGGUCGAAAUGAACUGAUAGCAAGAUACAUCAAGCUGAGGACAGGCAAAACCCGCACACGAAAACAGGUGUCUAGUCACAUACAGGUGUUAGCACGGAAGAAAGUUCGUGAAUACCAGGCGGGUAUUAAGGUUUCUAGCCAUUUGCAGGUUCUCGCCCGGAGAAAAUCUCGCGAGAUCCAGUCAAAGCUAAAGGCGAUGAAUUUGGAUCAAGCAUCCAAAGACAAAGCCCUGCAGAACAUGGCCGCCCUGUCAUCUGCACAGAUUGUCUCACCGAGCAUGAUAAAGAAUCACCUUCCUCCUCUGUCUCCAGCCCCAUACCAACCCACUCGAUUCUGGCCUCAUCCAAUCUCAGUACAGCCGGGACCAUCUCAGGAGAUGGUUCUAGAUGUCAACCCGGGAAGGACUCCUGGGCCUAUCUGCACCAGCCAUGUCAUCAAACCUUUUGUACAGCCUCCAUACUCAGCCCUGCCAGGCCCUGUACAACAACCCAUACCAGCCUAUGAGCCCUUGGCGCCCCCUCCUCCACCAACAGCGACCGCAGUUCCAGUAUGGCAAGAUCGGACGAUUGCGUCAUCUAAGUUACGGAUGCUGGAGUACUCAGCCUUCAUGGAGGUCCAGAGAGACCCAGACAAUUACAGCAAACACCUGUUUGUCCACAUUGGACAGACCAACCCUUCCUACAGCGACCCGCUCCUCGAGGCUGUGGAAAUCCGGCAGAUCUAUGACAAGUUCCCCGAAAAAAAAGGAGGCCUGAAAGAACUUUACGAGAAAGGGCCCCAGAAUGCUUUCUUCCUCGUCAAAUUCUGGGCUGACCUGAACAGCAGCGGGAUGCUGGAUGGGCCUGGCUCAUUCUAUGGUGUAAGCAGCCAGUACAGCAGCAUGGAGGACAUGACCAUCACAGUUUCAACUAAGGUCUGCUCAUUCGGGAAGCAGGUUGUAGAGAAAGUCGAGACAGAACACGCCCUACUGGAGGGAGGAAAGUAUGUUUACAGGAUCCACCGCUCUCCUAUGUGCGAAUACAUGAUCAACUUUAUCCACAAACUCAAACACUUACCUGAAAAGUAUAUGAUGAAUAGUGUUCUUGAAAACUUCACGAUCCUACAGGUGGUAAUGAACCGUGAAACCCAGGAAACCCUUCUCUGUAUAGCGUUUGUUUUUGAGGUUUCCAAUAGUGAACAUGGAGCUCAGUAUCACGUCUACAGACUUAUAAAAGACUAACAGCUCAUCUAGAUGAUUCUGGAGAAACCAGACUAAAAGCGUGACGCAAUCUCUCUACGACCACCUCAAACAUCCAGGAAAUCUACAACAGAAACUUUUGACUAUGCUAGACCGGACUAACAUGGACACACUUUAUGCUUUAAGGAAAGAAUACAAGGACAAAAGACAGACUCGCCAACAUGAAACAAAAUUGUGAAGAACUGUGGAUAACCAGCUGUUUUUAUGUGAUUAAACAAGAUGAAGUGGGUCACUUUGUGUUUGGUGAAGAUUGAAAUGUUUUAAUGAGGGAGGGAGAAUGUGAUUAAGGGGUUGUAAAGACUGAUGGUAGCAGUAAGAGAAGUGCUUAUUAGCCUGAAAAGUGGAGAGAUAUGGACCACAGAAAGGGGAAAACCAGAGGGAAAUGGUUUAGGUUUGUUAGUACAGCAAGUGCCUUUUUUUAACCAAAGGUUUUACCAUUGCCUGCCACUUUGGAUUGCCUUUUUUACUACCUCUUGUUUUUGAAUGAACAAAAUAUGUUCAUACUGGUGAGUUUUGUUACAAAAGAUAUUGGAGUCUGAUCAACAUCCGUGAGGGCAGUUUUUGUCUUUGGGCACACAGAGGAAUGGGAUAACAAACUUUCAUUCUGCCUUAUCUACAAAAUAUGACAUGAAAAAGAAAUUCUAAGUAAAAUGUUUAACAGUCCAAGAGUAAUUGGGGAAUGCUGAUAUUGUUGCUGUGUUAUCGUAGUUCUGCUUGUAUGUUUUUAGAUCUUAACAAUAAAAAAUCAGGUCUUACCAGAAUCUAUCUGUUACAGACAUUUGACACAAGGGUCUUGUAUUAUUGCAAUUGUGACAGAAAUCCAGGGCUUUAUGUUCCUUAUCAGACCCUUUGGUAUUUCUUGCUGUUUAAAAACGUGUGCUCAGAUGCACUUAAUAAAAAAAAAAAUAUGAUGGGGGAUUGCAGCAACAACAGUGCUUAUUUUCUGACUUGAGUUAUGUAGCAUAAUUGAAAUGUUUCUUUCUGUACUGUGAGUCAAUGGAUAUUAAAGGAAUAUGUGUUACAUAGGAGUAUUUUUCGGGGGGCUUUUUGUUGAUAUUUGUGAUCAUGUAAUUCAACACAGAGACCAUGGUUAAAGGGGGAGAAGUUAAUCACUGUUUCUUUUGUUUAAAAAAGAGAUUGUAUGCUGUGAAGUUGGUUUAUUUGCUUCACUCUUCUCCAUGUAGUGUGUGGAGAGGCUGUAUUCACUGAUAAAAGUUCAGUUUUAUUUAAGUCAGUUUUUUUACAUACAAAAUAAUUAUGAAAUCAAUUCAAAUGGUGAUUUUGAAACAGAACUAUUGUCUCUGUGGAGUAUGACUAUUGAUUGUUAUUUAUGGGGUUGGAGGAGAAAUACCGAAAAGGCAGGGUGGGGUUUCUCAAGACAUGUUGAUAAUUUUCCAAUGUGAUAAAGGUGUUAAAACUCUGGCGUAAGUUUUAUUUGAGACAGAAUUAACUCUUGACUCCACAAUUCCUGCUAGACAAGCAUCAGUUUUGUGAGGUCCACUGGAAAACAUUGCUACAAGAGAGUAAAAUCAAAAAUAUAUCUGUGACUUUGGAUGUCAAACUUCACAGCAUGAAUACAGAUAACACUUCUCCUUUUGCAGGUCUCACAGUUUAUCUUUUUUUAUAGACAUUUUCUGCCUGCAUCAAGAUUAAUUUUUUGUUUUGAUCCUGUUGUCUUUUGACUUUCAGUGUUUGCCGUAUGUUACACUGAAAAUAAUGUGUGAUUGUUCUGGUAUUGAUAAUUCUGAGUUACCUAAUGUAUCAUAUUCGGAAUGGUGUGGGAAGUUGUUUUUUUUUUUUUUGUCUUUGGUUUAAGGUGGUUUACUAUUGUCUUUGUUACAAUUGUGCAUUGCAAUUUUAUACUUAAAAGUAGAGGUUGGACUAUGUAAUCAACAAAUGUAUCUAACAACACAAGACGCAUGGUGCCUUUGGGGCCAUUUUCCCCCAGAAAACUCAUUAAAUUUAUGUUAAUUUG